AUGUAUACGAAUAAAGUUAUCUCGGCAAUAUCAAUAUUGCUAGCACUAUCUACUUCUAUACUAAACGUUGAAGCGCAACUUAAAGGAAAGUAUCCUCCAGUCGAUAAACCUCCGCCACUUGAUGCUACUUGGACCGCUCUUGUUGAUCAAUCGAAACUUAUUAAAGCUCCUCUCAGAGUUCCUGGACAAUGUAAUCCUGUUGACACGUAUUGUGUUUGGUCUUGCACAAAUUGUUUGAGAACUGAAUCCGAUGUUCAAUAUUGUCCUGAUAAGAAAG